AUGGAGCUUCCCCAGUGCCGCCGCCGGCCGCCCGCCCUCCCCGCCGCCGCCUCCUCCGCUCUGCCGCCGCUGCUGCUGCUGCCGCUGCUGCUGCUGCUGCUGCCUGUGGCCGCCGCCGCCCCGCUGCCCGGCGCCGACUCCUCGGGGGAGGCUGAGCUGGAGGACACGGCGGGGCCGGCGCGGCUGGCAGCCCUGCCCGACUGCGUGCGGCUGGCCCGGCUGCUGCACACGCGGGCCGCCCAGCUGCAGGAGGAGAUGUGCGAGAAGUUUACCGUCUGCGAGAACAGCAUGGAAAUGCUCGUCAGGAACAACCUCAACCUCCCCAAGGUGACGGAGGAAGAUGGGUGUCUGCUCGCCGGUUUCAAUGAGGAUAAAUGCUUGAGGAAAAUCUCCAGCGGGCUUUACACGUUUAGGACAUACCUUGAAUACAUACAAGAAACUUUUACCAGUGAAAAGCAAAACAUUGAAUCGCUGUGCUAUAGUACAGAGCACCUGGCACGCACCGUAAGACAGAUGGUGAUCAAUCCCGAGGAAGUGACCAUCCCAGACUCAGCUACCCAGGAAUCCCUCCGUGCAAAGCUGAAGUCAGAUAAGACCUGGAUAGAGAAAAUCACCACCCACCUCAUCCUCCGAGACUUUACUUCAUUUAUGGAGAAAACCGUGAGGGCUGUUCGCUAUUUGAAAAACACCAGGAGUUUCAGUGUCUGAAUGUUUUAAUUCAGGCACAAUCCUUUG